UUUCGAAAUGAAGUUGGCAAUUCUUUUUGUCCUAAUUCCACUUAUCUCUGCUAAUAUGAGAGAUACUGCGAGCGUUAGCCAAGAGAGCACAGAAGUUGCUCGUCCUCGACCGAAGCGACAGAUUUAUUAUUUAUGCGGAAAUUUUCCAAAUCAAUAUCUCAGCUUAACACCAUGCAACUCUGGCUGCAGUACCUGCAACUGUAACACAGCCACAUGCAGCACUUCAAGCUACUGCCAGCAGAUUCGCAGUAAUUGGAGAUGUAUCAACGGUUGCUGUAGAGUGCCGAACUAUGAGCCAACUCUUCCACCGACUACCACAAGAUCUCCAGUGAACCCGAAUCCAGUUUGUGGAGGACGCGAAACGUCUGGUGGAUACUGUAGAUCUGGAAACGUUUGUGGUUCCGGAUACAUGUGCAAUGAUAACAAUGUGUGCUGUAGAUGUUCGUAUGGUACGUCGAUUGGUCCAUGUGUGAAUGGUCAAUGUCCCGACAAUACCUACUGUUCGCCUACAAAUAAUUGCUGUCCAUAUCUUGUCUCUGGUUAAAAAUGAAAGAUUUAUUU